UGGUUCCUCCCGUUUUACACAUCUGAAAGCUUUAGGAUCGCUGAGCUGACCACACAAGCUGCUGCAGAUCAGUAAGUAACAACCUGGUGUUUGGAUUCUUGUGGGAAACAUCUACAGCAGCAAUAGAUAUUAGAAACAUUUGUGUGGUUGAGAAGUGAAAUGGCUCAGAGAGGAAAUCAGAUUGAUUCAGAAAAAUUCUCCUGUUCCAUCUGUUUGGAUCUACUGAAGGAUCCAGUGACUAUUCCCUGUGGACACAGCUACUGUAGGAACUGUAUUAAAAUCUUCUGGGAUGGAGAAGAUCAGAGGAGAAUCCACAGCUGUCCUCAGUGCAGGAAAGAGUUCAUACCGAGACCUGUCCUGCAGAAGAACAUCAUGUUAGCAGAGUUAGUGGAGGAUCUGAAGAAGACUGGACUCCAAGCUGCUCCAGCUGAUCACUGCUAUGCUGGACCUGAAGAUGUGGCCUGUGAUGUCUGCACUGGGAGGAAGAUGAAAGCUGUCAAGUCCUGUUUAUCUUGUCCAGCCUCAUAUUGUAAGAAUCAUCUCCAACCUCACUAUAAUGUCUUAGGACUGAAGAAACACAAGCUGGUGAACCCCUCCAAGAAGAUCCAGGAGAACAUCUGCCCUCGUCAUGGUGAGGUGAUGAAGAUCUUCUGUCGUACUGAUCAGCAGUGUAUCUGUUAUCUCUGCUCUAUGGAUGAACAUAAAGGUCAUGAAACAGUCUCAGCUGCAGCAGAAAGGACUGAGAAGCAGAAGAAGCUCCAGGUGAGUCGACAACAAAACCAGAAGAGAAUCCAGGACCAAGAGAAAGAUCUGAAGCUGCUUCAACAGGAGGUGGAGGCCUUCAAUGUCUCUGCUGAUAAAGCAGUGGAGGACAGUGAGAAGAUCUUCACUGAGCUGAUCCAUCUCAUCCAGAAAAGAAGCUCUGAUGUGAAGCAGCAGAUCAGAUCUCAGCAGGAAACAGAAGUGAGUCGAGUCAAAGAUUUUCAGGAGAAGCUGGAGCAGAAGAUCACUGAGCUGAAGAGGAAAGAUGGUGAGCUGGAGCAGCUCUCAAACACAGAGGAUCACAACCAGUUUCUCCACAACUACCCCUCACUGUCAGCACUCAGUGAGUCUACACACUCAUCCAGCAUCAAUAUUCAUCCUCUGAGAUACUUUGAGGAUGUGACAGCAGCUGUGUCAGAGGUUAAAUAUGUGCUAGAGGACAUUUUGGAGGAGGUAAAGACAAACAUCUCACUGAGAGUCAGAUCGGAGAAGGUUUUACUGGCAGAACCAGAACCAGAACCAAGGACCAGAGCAGAGUUCUUGAAAUAUUCACAAGAAAUCACUCUGGAUCCAAACACAGCACAUUUACACCUUUUACUGUCUAAGGACAGAAAAGUGACUUUUAUGAAGAAAGCUCAGUCUUAUCCUGAUCAUCCAGAGAGAUUCACAUUUUAUGAUCAGGUCCUGAGCAUCCAGAGUCUGACUGGACGCUGUUACUGGGAGGUGGAGUUUAGAUGUGAAGCAAUUUAUGUUUCAGUCGCCUUCAAGGACAUCAGCAGAGAUGGGACUUCAGAUGAAUGUAUGUUCGGCUUUAAUGACAAAUCAUGGGUGUUACGUUGUUACACAAAGGGUUACACAUUUUUGCACAACAGAGUUAAGACUCCAGUAUCAGGUCCAGUUUCCUCCAGAGUAGGAGUGUAUCUGGACCACAGAGCAGGUAUUCUGUCUUUCUACAGCGUCUCUAGAACCAUGACUCUCCUCCACAGAGUCCAGACCACGUUCACUCAGCCUCUACAUGCUGGGGUCCGGCUUUUUGACGAGGGCGACUCUGCUGAGUUCAAAAUACUUCAAUAAAAAGCAACCAGUGUUUGAAUUGUCUCCAAAUGUAAACCAAUCAGAUAUGGUAGAGUGAGGAUGUUUAGAUGUUUUGUUUUUUAUAUUUUUAGUGAUUUUCAGGAUUUUAGUGAAACAACAUGACUCAAAUUACUCAAAGACAUACUGUAUGUAAGAAUGACGUGUUUUGAUUCUGAUUCGGCCGCGGACGCCUCAAAUGUGACCUUUCACCCACUUUCCACUGCUUUCUUUGACCUUUUAGUUUAGUCCAGGACUUCUUCUGAGGGCAUCUACACUGAUUUGAACUAGAACCUCUCUUAUCUUGAGCCAGAUCAAAAUGAUAGUAUAGUUUUCAGUCUUUAGGCUGAUUUUGAUAGAUUAUGAGGCUGAUUUAUGAAUGUUUAAUGUAGUUUAUAAACUCACAGUUAAAACUAGAAAACUGUCUUGAAAUGUGAGAUAAAUGUAGAGUCUUUGCUUGAUGAAAACACCUGUUAUGUUGUUUAGAUCGUUUUUACCUAUUUGUGUUUUGUGCACCAGUACGACUCAGUUUAUUGUUUUCUAGUGAAUCCAUGUCCUUUCCAGUUUUUACAAAUUAUUUCAUCUUUGACAUUUCAGGUUAACAGUAUUAUUCUACUGCUGCUGAGUUUUUCAGCUAAUUAUGUCUAAGCUUAUUGAUUAUCAAAUUAAAUUCAUGCCGUGAUGUAUUCAGUGGUUGGCAACACUAGAAGCUGCUCUAGCUUUUCUUUUUUAUAUCUGAGCGUAUCUUGAAUAUGUUUGGGUUUAAAAGUGUUAAAAAUGAUUAAAAUAAAUCCAAAGGAAUUAAAAUGA